AUGACGAUAUGCAAGCGUGGUGACGAAGAUGAUUUCGACAGCAAUUGCUUAUCAGACGAUCUCAAAGAUUUGAUUAAUCGUUACGCAGGAAGAACAUUCUCAUAUUCAGAACUAUCAUCAGUCGUAACCAAUAUCAAAAUGGAAAAUGACCUAUGUAAACUUCGAUUUCAUCGGAAAUUCAUGGAUUAUUGUCAUAAUCAAGUAUUCAUUGGAGAAUUAACGGAACUGAAGACAAUUAUCGGUAUACAAAUGAUUCCCUACGGUCAAGAUGGUAGUGUUGCUCUGGAUGAUGGUGGAAAUCCCAUAGAAUGUACAUCGAAUCCGCAUGAUCUUGGUCAUAUAUUGGAUAUAUUCAAUCGAAGAUUGUCUUUCUAUUACAUACAAUGUCUUAUACACCUACGGCCAAAUGCUAAUUUUAAUCUACAAAAUCUUUUGUUUCAUUUUCUACAUUCAUCAUCAAAACUGCCGUCGACUAAGAAAGGAAUAAUCAGUGGUCCGACAUCAGUUUCGCUUGGGUCAAAUGAAACAGUUUACAAUGUAUCGAUCAGAUGUCCAUCUGAUUGUACAUGUAUGUGGCUACUAGAUGAUCGAGUUAUUGUUCCACAAGCAAAUAGUUCUGUAAAAUUAAUGUUCAAUGAAAAGAAUGUUGGUAAUCGAACAUUGUCAUAUGUCAAGUACAUUGCAAAUAAAUCAACAAUUUUAGCAUCACUUUCAAUUAUAAUUUUGUGCAAUUCAACACAAACUACUAUGUCAACAAACGCGACGUCCAUUCUGAGUACUACAACACCAAUUUCUUCUACAACCUCAGCGCUCUCCGAGCCUACACCAACAUGCAAUAGUUGUAAUAUUAACUAUACAAUUACCCAAUAUAAUUCUUCUGAUGUAAUGGGUUCCUGUAAUCAAUUUUGUAGCUCUUUCGAAUAUGUUUGUAAUAUUACUGCUAAUACUACUUCUUGCAUUACAUCCUAUGAUGAUGGUUCUGAGCAUGCUUAUCUUCGCCGCCGUCGUGGCAGUUAUCGGCCUCGCACUUUUAACCUUUCUAAUAGUGGUGCAUGCAGUGAGAAUCCAGAUUAUUAUUGUUGUUGCAUAUCAAUACCAAGUACAAAUGAAACCAGAAUUGCGUCGGCUAAAUAA